AUGGCGCCUGGACAGCCUGGUGCCGCCCAGUCUCGCCAACUCGAUGGUAGUGGGCUCAAAGUCACGAUUGUCGCGAGCCGCUGGUACGAGAAGGUGAUACACUCGCUGGUGGACGCAUGCUCGGACGAGUUACUGGCCAAGGGAGUGGCGGAGGAUGAUCUCCACGUCGUGGAGGUGGCGGGUGCAUUUGAGCUACCGUUUGCCGCUGCUCGGCUGGUCCACUGCAAGGAUACGAGCCACCGGCCAGACGCUGUUAUUUGCAUCGGCUGCCUCGUGAGUGACUCCACGCACACGUGCGAGACGAUGAGUCACGCCGUGGCCAACGGCAUCAUGAAGCUGAACGUGACGUUCGAUACGCCUGUCAUUUACGGAGUGCUGUGCUGCGAUAACGAGUCGCAAGCUCACUCGUGUGCGGAGAAGCGUUCGUGCGGUUCCGGUGAGGACGAGAAGUGCAACCACGGUGUGGCUUGGGCGCAAUCGGCUCUGGAGAUGGCGCAUCUGAAACGCUGCAUGGCGGCGAAGAAAGAGUGCACGUGCAAGGAUUGCAAGUGUCGACUGUGCUGCAAUCAUCGUGGUGAUUGUACGAGUUGCAAGUCGUCGGCGGAAAAUUGUUCGUGUGAGGAUUGUAAGUGCCGUUCGUGCUGCUCCAAGCGUGAGACCUGUCGAGGCUGUGGCUGUCCGCCGGACAACUGUGGCAGCCCCGGUGGCCAGUGCAAGUGCGGCUUACUGCACUAA